CAAACCCCACGGGAAACACACCUGCGUCGAAAUACGGCUCAAUUUUAGUCGUCAACAUUUGCCUAGAUCGUCAUUUAACUUGAAUAUAUUCACAGGACAACAAGGUGUGUGCUAUUUCAUCAGAUGUGGCAAGAUAUCGUCAUCUCUUGGCGGUAAAACUCAUCUUAAAAGACCGUCUUUUUGGGGUCUGACCACAACAAGGCGCUCAACCAUAAAGUCCCUUACCGACAAUCUGUAGCCUGGGUCUGUUGAGGAGGGUGAACCUCACGACCAAAAAUGGCGCGAGAGAACGGACACUCGAAGACCAUCCUUGAUGACAUGGUCGGCGUUGGAGACUGCGUACUCCUUGAUCCUGUCACUGAAGAUGCCUUUAUUGAUAAUCUCAAGCUGCGGUUUGAUGCUCAAGAUAUCUAUACCUACAUCGGGAGCGUAGUCGUCUCCGUCAAUCCAUACAAGAAGCUUCCGUUGUACACCAUCAACAAGAUCCAAGAGUACCGAGGAAUGAAUCUUUAUGAAUUGCCUCCUCACAUAUAUGCAAUAGCAGACGAUGCGUACCGUGAUAUGCGAGACAAAAACAGGGACCAGUGUGUGAUCAUCUCAGGAGAAAGUGGGGCCGGAAAAACAGAGGCCAGUAAGGUGGUGAUGCAGUACGUGGCAGCCGUUUGUGGGAAAGGCAAUGAUGUAGAUAUAGUAAAGGAGCAACUCUUACAAAGUAACCCAGUACUAGAAGCUUUUGGCAAUGCAAAGACGAACAGGAACGAUAAUUCUUCAAGAUUUGGUAAAUACAUGGACAUAGAGUUUGACUACAAAGGUGACCCUAUUGGCGGUGUCAUCACAAACUAUCUACUAGAGAAGUCUCGAGUCGUCGUACAGAGCAAGGGAGAGAGGAAUUUCCACAUGUUCUACCAGCUGUUAGAGGGCGCACCGCAAGUAUUACUAGACGAGUUGGAGUUGGAACGAGACCUUUCACAUUAUCACUUCCUGGGGAGGAAUAAUUCUGGAAAAUCAAGCAAUAUCAACGACAAAGAGAAUUUCUCAGUUACACAAAAAGCAAUGCAGAUCAUUGGAUUCACAGAUGAAGAGAUCUUAGCUAUAUAUCAGCUUCUAGCAAGUGUCCUCAAGCUAGGCAACAUGGAGUUUAAAGCCUACAUCACUAUGAAUGGUACAGAGGGAGUCAAAAUUACUAAUCAAGAUGAUCUGGAUGAUGUGUGUGAGAUGCUUCAAUGUGAGCGUCAUGACGUAAUGCAUGCCCUGACUAAGAGGACCGUACGAGGGGGCAAGGGGGACAAGGUUAUCACCGCCCUGAGUGCGUCUCAAGCCUUCUAUGCUAGAGAUGCCCUCUGUAAGGCUUUGUAUGACCGACUCUUCACUUGGAUCGUUAGAACAAUCAACGAGAGCAUCAGGGUCAAGACAGGUGGGAGGAAGAAAGUCAUGGGUGUCCUGGACAUCUAUGGAUUUGAAAUCUUUGAGUACAACGGGUUUGAGCAGUUCAUUAUCAACUACUGUAACGAGAAACUACAACAGAUCUUCAUUGAGUUAACACUACGAGAGGAGCAAGAGGAAUACAUAGUGGAAGGGAUCGAAUGGACACACAUUGAUUACUUCAAUAAUAUCCCUAUAUGUGAACUCGUAGACAAGAAUAAAGCAGGAAUCUUAGCCAUGCUUGAUGAUGAAUGCCUAAGACCGGGUGACGUAACCGAUCAGACAUUCCUCAAUAGAAUAAACUCCUCAAACUACAUCUUUGGACAUAAACACUACGAGAGCAGAGCCAAACUCAAGUCAGAUAAGACCAUUGAUCAUAUGAGUUUCAGACUACAGCACUAUGCUGGAGCAGUAACGUAUGAAGUGAGUGGUUUUAUCGACAAGAAUAACGACCUGCUGUUCCGAGAUCUAUCAGAGUUGAUGUUCAAAUGUGAGCAUAUACUACUACAAGAGAUGUUUCCUGAGGGUAGCCCCAAGUAUGCUUCUAAUAGACGACCAAUCACUACAGGCUCACAGUUCAAGGUUUCCGUAUCACAGCUGAUGAAAAACCUCCUUGCCAAAGAACCAAACUACAUCAGAUGUAUCAAGCCGAAUGAUUACAAGGAGAGUAUGACGUUUGACAGAGCACUCGUCCGGCAUCAAGUCAGAUAUCUGGGAUUGAUGGAGAAUGUGAGGGUCCGGCGAGCAGGCUACGCUUUCAGGCAGUUGUACGAGAUCUUCCUGAAACGUUACAAGAUGCUGUGCCCUGCAACAUGGCCCAAUUGGCGUGGACAACCCAAGGAUGGUGUGAGAGAGAUCUUGAACCAUCUCAAGCUCACCAAAGAUAAGGAAGAGUUUGCCUAUGGGCGGACUAAGAUAUUCAUCCGUAAUCCACGCACGCUGUUUGAACUAGAGCAGCGCAGACACAGAAGGAUGGAAGGCCUGGCUACCUUACUACAGAAGAUCUACAAAGGAUGGAAAGCCUACUCAAGAUUCCAGCAGAUGAGAGACAGUGCUAUCCUCAUCGAGACACAGUUCAGAGGGUACAAGGAGAGGAAGAACUACAAGACAGUACGUAACGCCACUAUCACCAUCGAGUCAUACUAUCGGGGCCAUCAAGCAAGGAAAGAAUACAGACGUAGACGGUAUCAAGCCAAGUGCAUGUGGGCUGCUGGUAUUAUACACAAGUUCUACAUCGGCUGGAAGGUGCGGAAGGAGCAUAGGAAACACUUCAAGGCCCAUGCUGCUCCUAUGGUGAUGGAAUUCCUGCUCAGAUACAUUCACACAACCUACUUACGGCGACUGCAGCAGCAUCUACCAACCAUGUCACCUCUGGAUUACACAUGGCCACCGUGUUCAAUCCUACACACAACAGCACACAAGCAACUCAAGAACAUCUUCAUUCGAUGGAGGGCCAACCAAUACCGCAAGAAGUUUGAUGAAGCUACCCGGAUGAGACUAGGUGAGAAGGUUACGGCAAGCAUCCUCUUCAAGGACAAGAAGACUCUGUAUCCUAAGAGUGUUUCUAAGGCCUUCCAAGGGGAUUACGUAAGACUACGCACCAACGCCAAAUACAGCAAGACGUACUCAACAACAAACGACCAGCAUGUGGUAUUUGCUGAUGUCAUCAGUAAGAUCAACAGAGGCAAUGGCAAGUUGCAUUCCCAGCUGUUUGUGUUGACCACUGCUUCCUUCAUGAUGAUGGAUCAGAAGACAUUGCUUCUGAAGAGUCGUAUUCCCCUAGCUGACGUAGCUGGAUUUACCGUCAGUCCUUACAGUGAUGGCAUUGUGGUCAUUCUCUUAAAGAAGGGAAGUGAGACAACAAAGAAAGGUGACCUUGUCAUUGUGACUGACAAGGCCAUUGAGUUGGUGACAAAGUUCCAGCGGACCUGUAGAACGGCAACCAAUCAGGACGCCCCAGUCAAAGUGGCUGACAGGUUCCCAGUUGACUUCAAUGGUACCCGUAUUCAAGCAACUGUAUGCACCCUAGAUGCCAACGUUUCCAACCCAACACCGUCUGUCAAACGGAAAGGCGCUAAGCUGGAUAUUAUGGCUUAAUAAUAAGGGUUAUCUUCAAUAUGGAGUUAGUUUCAAGGCCCAAGACCCAAGGUGUGAGAGAUAAAGUCUCACAAGAAGUUGACAGAAUGGAUUGAAGAGAAAGGUGUGAUAGAUGAAGUCUCACAAGAAGUUGACAGAACGGAUUGAAGAGAACAAGAUAAGUACUUCUAAUGCAACUCCGGUUACAGCGUGUAUGUGUGUGUGUGUGGUGUAUACAUAAUGAGUGCAACCACAGUGUGAGAUUAACAAGUGAUCCCUCAAUUAUUUCCUUCAAUGGCCAAAGUUUUUCAGGCGUUUUUGUUGCCGGAUAAUUUCAAACCAUGUGCCUAGAAAUUUUUCUACAUUUCGUUAGUGUGUUGAAGUCCGUAACGGAGAAAAGAUGGCGUGUUGGUUAUAAGUGUGAUGAGGAAUUUGUAAUUGUAAACUAACAGAAAUUUAACUCCUACUUAACAAAUGAAAUGACAAAAUUGCCUGUACCCGUUGUAAUGGAGUUUACUUUAAUAUCAAUCACAGAAGUGGUAUAGUCCACUAAAAACAGAUAUUGAUUUUUGAAGUCGCCGAUUUUGUGCCUAUUUUUUGAGGGGAUGUUAUUUAUAUGCGAUCAACCAAUGCAGAGAUCGAUGUAUGUGUAAUCAUGUUAUGAAAACGACUAAAACAUUCCAUUCUUCACUGGGACUGCUUCGUAUGUUUUCACUAACUAUCAUUUAAAGGUACUUUAAGCAAUAUGUCUGUCUUAAUGUUUAUGAUUGAAUCAUGCAAAAGCUGCACAAAGCUAUUUAAGAUUUCCAAUAGCCAAGAGUUUUGUGAGAUGGUGUAGCAAGGUUGCUACUAUCAGGGCCCAAUUUCAUAAAGCCUGUAAGCCAAAAAAUCGCUUAGCAAAAACA